GAGAGGCAGAGAAGAAGAAAAAUGGCGGCUCUAGGCGAACCCGAACGGGACGCCGGGCUAACGUUUUGAGCUUUCUCACCCGAAAGGACCCAGGGGCUCCGCGGGGUGACCGCACGGUUUGAAUCCUCGCUGCUUUGGCUUCGCGGCGGUAUCGCUUUCGCUGGCGUCCGUGCAGGCUAAAUAAACGCAAACAUUGGGAUUGUAAAAUAAUAGAAUUCGCCUAUCAUGAGAGGGAAAAGGGGCAGGCCGCCCAAACCGCUACAAACCGAGGAGCCAUCACCAGCUACGGGCCGGGGCUUGCGACCCAGGAGGAAUCUGAAGCCCAGGUUGAGGGACAGCGGGGAUGAGGACGCCGACAGCCCCACAAGGGAGCCCACCAAGUCGGCCAGAAAGAGGAAAUGGGGCUCCGUAACGUCAACACGGGGCAGGGGACGAGGGAGAGGUGGCGGCGGCGGCAGAGGAGGCAGAGGUGGACGUGGAGGAAGGCGGACGGCUGCGUCCAAAACAGUGGUGUACGACGACCACGAGAGCGAGGACGAUGACGAUGCUGUCAGUUUGAGGUCGGAGGAGGACGAGUUUAUUGAGGAGGAACCUCAGUCCGAGGAGGAUGAGGCCCUCAAAGCAGACUCUGAUUGCCUGGAAGAUGAUGUGCUGGACGAGGAGGAGGAGGAGGAUGAUGCCAGCUACUGUACUGAGAGUAGCUUUCGGAGUCAGAGCACACACGCUAGCACUCCGGGGAAGAAGAAAUUUCGGGCUCCUCGACCUCGUACUCCCAUUCUCGAGGACAAGGAGAUUCCCCCUCUUGAGCUUCCUGAGACCUCUAUGGAUCUCCUGGUGCCUAACGAGGAGCUCCUCAAUGCCACCUCCAUCUACGAGGUGGUACGGAACUUCAGCCCGGUGCUGCGUCUCUCACCAUUCCGCUUUGAGGACUUCUGUGCAGCACUGGUCGGCCAGGAGCAGUGCACUUUAAUAGCAGAGACCCAUAUUUCCCUGUUGAAGGUCAUCCUACGUGAGGAGGAUUCUUCCAACACUACCUUUGGCCCCGCUGACCUCAAGGACAGCGUCAACUCCACUCUGUACUUUAUUGAUGGCAUGACAUGGCCUGAGGUGUUGCGGGCGUACUGUGAGAGUGACCGGGAGUACCAUCAUGUUCUGCCAUACCAGGAGGUGGAUGAGUAUCCCUACGGUCCCCUUGAAGGCAAGAUCAAGGUGCUGCAGUUCUUAGUGGACCAGUUUCUCACCACCAACAUCGCCCGUGAGGAGCUCAUGUCUGACGGCAGUAUGCAGUAUGACGACCACUGCCGUGUGUGCCACCGCCUGGGGGAUCUGCUGUGCUGCGAGACCUGCUCAGCUGUCUACCACCUGGAGUGUGUGAAGCCACCACUUGAGGAGGUUCCAGAGGACGAGUGGCAGUGCGAGAUUUGUGUGGCACACAAGGUGCCCGGUGUCACAGACUCUGUGACUGAGGCCCAGAAAAACAGGCCCUACAUCCGCCAGGAGCCCAUUGGAUAUGACCGGCACCAGAGGAAAUACUGGUUCCUUAACAGAAGGAUUAUUGUCGAGGAAGAUGGGGAGCAUGAGAAGAAGAAGAUCUGGUACUACAGCACCAAGGCACAGCUGGAAGAGCUCAUGGAGUGCCUGGAUAAGGAGUAUUGGGAGAUGGACCUGUACGCCACGCUGGACGAGAUGAAGGAGGAGGUGCAAGCUCACAUGGACAUCACAGAGGACCUCACCAACAAAGCCCGUGGAAACAAUAAAGCCUACCUCACUGCUGUCAACGAUGUGAUCAUGGAGCGUCUGAAGGUGAAGCGGGAAGCAAAGAUGCGAACAGAGGAGGCAAAGCAGGAAGCAGAAAGUGUAAAUACAGCUGAGAACACUGCAGAGUUCCCAUCGAAGCUCAACAAUGGAGAAUAUAAAGAUGCUGAGGCAUCGGAAGAUGCUAGUUCACAAGCAGCUACCGUUGCCCCUGCUGCAGAAGACAGCUGCGUGUCAGAUCCUAACCCCAGCUCUGCCACCCAGGACACAACUGCGCCUAAAACAGAAUCCCUUGAAUCAAACAAGGAAACCCAGCCUGCUCAUUCUGGGAACCAGGAGAGCUGUGAGACCCCUCCGGUGGCAAAGCAGGAACGGACAGAUGAAGACGGGAAAACAGAGUCUGGCAGUGAAGCCGCACACCCUGAUGACUCACAGGCAGCAACCCAAGAUCAACAACUGCAGCAGCAGCAGCAGUCCUCUCAGCCAGAGUCGAGUGGUGGCAGCAGUCAGGUUCCUGGAUCUGGAAGCCUCAAGAAACCAGAACCCCCCGACCUGGCUGAUAGGUCCUCCCAGUCCUCUUUUACCAGCCAGGAUGGGGCAGACGAGUAUAACGAAAGGCUCAAGAGUGAGAAAGCUGCAGGACGGGAAUCAAAUAACCAAAUGCCCAAAGGCAGCACAGAGUCGUCUCCUGUCUGCUCCGAUGGUGAAUCUUCACGUCUCAGCUUCUUCAAAAGGGACCUGGCAGUGAACUUGAACAACUUGUUCAAACUGGGUCAGGAGGGCAAAUACAGGGUGUACCAUAACCAGUACAGCACCAACGUCCUGGCACUAAACAAACAUCAGCACCGAGAGGACCACGACAAGAGACGCCACCUUUCCCACAAGUUCAGCCUGACCACCGCGUCCGAGUUCAAAUGGAACGGCUCGAUCUACGGUUCACGAAGUUUGACCGUCUCCACCCUGCGUCUUACGAUCAUCCAGCUGGAGACAAAUAUCCCUGGGCCAUUUAUGCAUCCCAACUGGGCAUCACACAGGACCAAUUGGAACAAAGCAGUGCAGAUGUGCAGCAAGGCCAGGGAAUUUGCCUUGGCCUUGGCUAUACUGGAGUGUGCCAUCAAACCAGUGGUUACGCUGCCUGUAUGGAAAGAUUCUCUUGGACACACGAGGCUACAUCGCAUGACCUCCAUGGAGCGUGAAGAGAAAGAGAAGGUGAAAAAGCGAGAGAAAAAACUGGAAGAUGAAGAGACACUGCAGCAGGCCACUUGGGUGAAGUACACCAUCCCUAUCAAACACCAGGUGUGGAAGCAGAAGGGGGAGGAGUACAGGGUGACGGGUUAUGGUGGUUGGAGUUGGGUCAGUAAGACCCGUGUGCCACGUUUUGUUCCGAAGCUACCAGGGAACACAAACGCAAACUACCGCAAAGAACUGGAGGCAGCUAAAUUGAAAAAGGAAAAUGUAGCAGUUUACACAAAUAAGAAGAAAAAGUUGAUGGAAGCUGAUAAGCAGACUCUUCAAAACACAGCAGAUGAGGAAAAGAAACAGACAUCAAACACUUUCUUAGAGGAGGACAGCAAACCUCAGACCUCAGGAGAACAUGAAAAACCUGCAGAAGAAGGGCAGCAGGCAAAAAAUGCAGAAGAGAAGAGAGAAGAGGAAAAAAUGGAGGUGGACUCCUCCCUCGAAACUGCUGCUUCAACUGAUAGCAAAGAUAAAGUGGAAAACACGGACCCGUCCUCGCCCGCUGUGCAACCUGCAGAGGAAGAAUCAGCCCAGAUAUCUGAACAACCCAAAAAGGAAGAGAGUGCAGCAUCAAAAAUCUUUUAUGAUGUUGUGAAUGUCAGCGAGGGCUUUCAGCUGCGAACAGCUUAUAAGAAGAAGGUAAAGCCGUCCAAACUGGAUGGGCUCUUGGAGCGACGGGUAAAACAGUUCACUUUGGAGGAGAAGCAGAGGCUAGAACGGAUGAGACAGGCAUCCCUUUUGUCCAAAAUGGUUGCUACAAAGCCUGCUUCUGGGGUUAAGAUUGAAGGAUCCACAUCAAACAAACAGCAGCCUGCUGUGAACCCAUGUGUUAAAGUAGAGGAGAAGGAGGAGAGCUUACAAGUGAAAGACCAUGUUGUUAAAAAGCUUGACUUUGAGCAGGAACACACAGGGGCAAACAGGGACAGCCUAGAUGUCAAAUCAGACAUCACACUGCCCUGCCACAGUAAACAGACAGAGGUAAAUGCUGUGCAUGGCAACGGUGGGGAGGUCGGUGCCCAUAAAGAAGUGAACGGAGAACCUUUAGCAAGCACUGAACUCAACAGCAAAAACAAUUGCAUUUCAGAGACAAUUGAAAACGAUGAAAAAACACAAAAGCCAGAAGUGGCUCGAGUGGGAGAGAAUGCUAAAAAACGUUCAUAUGAAGAAAUGGUGCAAAGCAGUGGACAGAGCAACACAGAGAGCAUGGACAUAACCGAAAGCAAGAGCAGUACAUUGCAGGUGAAUGGAAAAUCCCUGGUCACCGCCCCGACAGACCAAAUCAUCAACUCUGACACGGCCAAUCAAGUUCUAAGUGACAUCAAAGACCCUCAGAAAGAACCUGUCAAGACUCUGAUGAACGGAAACGUGUCACAGAAUGAUGUGUCCAACACAUGUCACUCACCUCCCCUGAAAGUUCCAAAAUUAGAGAACCAUUUUGGAGGGAUAGGAGGCACUCUCAGUAAGAGUGAGGAUGUGGCCAUGGAUGGUGAGGGGCCAAUGCUUGCUAAGCUUCAAUCCUCAAACUCGUCUUGCCAGAAUAGUAAUAGUACAGACAAUUGCGCUAAUAGUGAAGGUCUAAAGACUUCCAUCACCUCUAAUAUCACCACGACAGAGUCUCAAAAUGCCCUCACAUCUGACUCCUCCGGCACCGGUGGGAAGCCUGAUGUGACAUCUCAAGCAGUAAGUAGUGCAGCUUCCUCCGUCAACCCUUCUGCCACCACCCAGCCCAGCUCUGGAGCGGUCGUAGCCCCGAAGAGUAAAGUUCCGAUUACCGACACCAAAAUGGCUGCGUCUGGUUCCACGUCAAACAGCUCCAUGACAAUUAGUAAAGAGUAUACCACCAGAGACCGAGUCAGCCUUCUAAGAUUCUCUAAAUCCAAGAAGACGCGUUCAGGCACCGCCUUGCCAUCCUACCGCAAAUUUGUUACCAAGAGCAGCAAGAAGAGCAUCUUUGUCCUGCCCAACGAUGACCUGAAGAGGAUGGCGAGGAAGGCAGGCAUCAGAGAAGUGCCUAUCUUCAACUACAACGCCAAGCCUGCCCUGGAUAUAUGGCCGUACCCCUCGCCUCGGCCCACCUUUGGGAUCACAUGGAGAUACCGUCUCCAAACUGUGAGGUCGCUGGCAGGUGUUAGCUUGAUGCUGAGGCUGCUGUGGGCCUGCCUAAGGUGGGACGAUAUGGCUGUUAAACCCUCUGCUGCUGUUGGGACUACACGGAAAGAAACCACGGACACAGACAUCAUCACGACAGAGAUUAUAAAAAGAAGAGACGCUGGGCCUUAUGGCAUCCGUUCAGAAUACUGCAUCAGGAAGAUCAUCUGUCCCCUUGGAAACAGAGACACUCCCAAAGAAACCCCGACUCCACAGAGGAAAGGCCUUCGCUCAAGCGCCUUGAGACCCAAGAAGCAGGAACCAGCCAAGCUGACUGGGCCUAUCGCCGUGGAGACAUGGGUACCUGAGGAGGACCUGGAGUUGUGGGAGAUCAGAGCCUUUGCAGAGAGACUGGAGAGAGAGAAGUCUCAGGGUUUAGAUCCCUCCAAGACCGGGGCGACUCUGAAGACAGCGGAGGAAGUCAAGGCCCAUUUGGAGAAUCAGCUGAAGCAGGCCAGACUGGCUGCCCAGCAGAAACGUCUUGAGCAGCAGAGACCAGGUACUCCUGCCACGGCUUCCACAACCACCACCUCAGCCAGCAUUCCCAGCACCCCAGUGUCCACAGGCCAGAGGAUGGGUCAAGCAACAUCUGGAACCAAGAUGGUCCUGGCCUCCAAACUGGGCUCUCCAGUUCCGUUCCAGCAAGACAAGAACUUCCAUCAAUCUUUUGCCUCCUGGGUCAAGCAGGGUCAGAACAACAACAACAGCAGCUCAGCCUCCACUGGCUCGGUGGCCACUGUGGCUAGCAGCAUCACCACCACAGAGCAAACCUUCCAGAUUGCUGGCAGCCCAGUGACUGUGGCUGGCCAAGUCCUCACCGCCAAACUGCCCCUCCCUGCUAACAGCAAGAUUGUCACGCUCAACAUGCCCACUACUCAAGGAGGUGUAGUUCAACAGAAAGUCCUGGGCAUUUUCCCCUCUGGGCCUCCUGCGAACCUCAGAACAUACAGCACACUACAUCCCACAACUGGCAAGGUCAACCUCAGAGCCACAACCUCUGCCUCAGCUACCCAACAGCAGGCCACCACAGCAGGAGGCCAAACACAGCCUGGCAUGACGAUGAACCAAACACUUUCUCCAUCUACCUCUGUGGGCACAACAAUGAUCAGAAGUCCAACAUUGGCUCAACAAGGCCAGGUUCAGCAGGCUGCAACCCCGAUGGGCCGUGGUCAGCCUGCAGCUGUACCUGGUUCUACUCCUGUGCAGGGAGCUGCAGCUCAAAGAGGUCCUGCAGCAUCACCUUGUGCAGCCACCACAGCUCCUGGACAGUCCCCUGUAGCUUCGUCUCAGCCUCAAAGACCACAGCAGGGUCAAGUCAAACUCACUAUGGCGCAGCUCAUGCAGCUCACACAGGGUGCACAGGGAGGAAACCCAGGUCUGACGGUGGUGAUCCAGGGUCAAGGCCAGACCCAGGGACAGCUCCAAAUCAUCCCCCAGGGUGUAACAGUCAUCCCAGGCCCUGGCCAGCAGCUAAUGCAGGCAGCCAUGCCCCCCAGUGGCCAGGUCCAACGAUUCCUCUUCACUCCUAUGCCUCCAUCCUCAUCAGCCUCAACUUCAGUUCCCACCGCUGCUACCCCUACAAAACCUGCCCCAGCCCAGAUUACUCAAACCCAAAUGUCCACACCAACCCAAGCGAGAGCCCUUGCACAAGUCCAGACAACUCCCUCAGCCUUAGCCCAAACACAAAUGACAGCCCCUCUGCCUGCCCCAACACAUGUUGCAGGUUCAACACAAAUGCCAAGCUUAGCCCCAGCCUCAGUCCCUCUGCAGACCCCAGUCACAGCCCCUGUGUCUGCUCCACCACAAGCUGUAGCCCAAACACAAGUAUCAGCUGCUACCCCGUCAUACGUCCCCACACAGUCACAAAUAUCUGCUCCUAUGCCUGCUUUGCCACAAGUUGCAGCCCAGUCCUCCAUGCAUGUUCUGUCUUCCACACCAGCCUCAGUUGCUUCACAGUCCCAAGUGGCAAGAUCUUUACCUUCUGCAACACAAAAUGCAGGCGUAACUAUGACACACAAACAGAUCUUCACCUCAGUCACAGCCCCUCCACAAAACCAAGCUGAACUCCAAGCCGUGGUCCAGACUCAAGUCUCCAACCUUACACCACCUUCAACCCAACCUGCAGGUUCGCUCCCUGUCCCAACACAUGUUGCGUCCCAACCUCAAAUCCAGGCACGUGCCUUCAGUCCUGUGACAGGCUUAACAUCAACCCCUGGCCAGACGCAUGUUACUGCUCCUGCUUUAUCCCACAUAUCAGUCAAGGCAGUUAACCAAGUUGCUGCUGCAGCAGCCGACAUUAAUUCGGCCCAAAUGCCCGUUUCUGCCUCUCUUCCUUCACCUGUCCAAGCUCCAACCCCUGCUCUCGCACCUGUUUCUGCUCCUGUCAUAGCUGUUGUGUCCACCCACAUUGCUGUCCCGUCCAUAGCCAAAGCUCCACCUCAAAUCCAAGCUAUUGCUCCUGUUCCCCUUCAUGCUGGUGUGGCAAAUGCUGUUGUCACACCAGUCACAGCCACAUCUACAACACCUUCAGUGCCAGCUCUAACAGAGCAGAGGGCAGCUCCGCCUCAAGGAUGGGCUCCAGCCUCAUCUCAAGCCCUGACUCCAGUUCAGCCGGCUCAACAGGCUGCAGUUCCAGUUCAGCCACCUGCUCUGGCCACUGUACCUGCCUCUGCCCCUGCACCCAUCUCCACACACUCCCCCAUCACCCCUCUGCCUCAGGCAUCUCUGACUCCUCAGUCUCAAGCACAAGUCCAGCACCCUGCCGUCGUGUCCGUGCAGCAGAUGUCUCAAAUUCCAGUCUCAUCAGUGCAGGUUCAUAUGAAGGGAUUACCCGUCUCCUCUGUUGUAACCGCUGUGAGACCCACACAGCCUCACCUCCAGCCCCAAACCCACACACAGCUUCAGCCCCAAGCUCAAGCCCAAAUCCGUGCACAGGUUCAGGUCCAGCCUUGUGGCCAAGUCCAACAAAUGUCACACAUUCAGGGGCAAGCGCAUCUCCAAGCACAUGCUCAACUUCACCCGCAAGUCAGAGUUCAGUUUCAGCCUCGAGCGCAAAUUCAGCCACAGGUUCAGCAACCACCACAAACACAAGUACAGUCCCUUCCUCAGAUUCAACCUCAGGUGCAGUUUCAGUCCCAAACCAAAACGUUGCCCCAGGCCCAGCUCCAACCAAGGGUCCAACCUCAGUACCAGCAGGUACACGCGUCUUUUCAAACACAGCCGCAAACCCAACCUCAGGCUCAGCAACAGCCUCAGGUCCAACCACAACUCCAGGUUCAGUCACAGCCUCAGGUUCAGUCUCAGGCCCAAACACAGCUUCAACCGCAGCCCCAGAUCCAAACCCAACUCCAUCCCCAGGUUCAGGUCCAGUUCCAGCAGCAAAACCAGAUUCAACCUCAGGCCUCACAGCAACCCCAGGUCCACAUUCAAUCACCGGUUCAAGCUCAAGUCCAAUCCCAACCCCAGUUUCAAGUCCAGUCGACGCAACAGACCCAAGUCCCGCAACAGCUUCAGGUCCAAGCCCAACCUCAAGUCCAAGCGAAGCUCCAAGUCCAGUUCCAACCUCAGAACCAAACCCAAGUUCAGUCGCAGCCUCAGCUUCAGGUCCAGUCUCCUAUCAGGCAUCAACUCAUCACUGUCCCGGGCCUCCAACAGCCAGUCCAGCUCCUCUCUGCCCUGCCGCCCCAUGUUGCAGCUCAGAUCCAAGCCCAGAUCCAGGCGCAGGCACAGCAGCAGGGUGGCGCCGUUCCCCAACAGAUCAAACUGCAGCUGCCUAUCCAGAUCCAGCAAACUGGGGGACAAAUUCAGGCCCAUCAGAUCCAGAACAUGGUCACUAUACAGGCGCCAGCAAGCGUCCAGGAGCAGCUUCAGAGGAUGCAGCAGCAGCAGCAUCAACAACAGCAGCAGCAACAACAGCAGCAACACCAACAACAACCAAAGAAAAAGAAACACCACGAGGCUAAAAGGGAACAGAAAGAUCAGAAUCUGCAAGUUGUGAGCGCAGGGGAUGGUGUCCAAAAGCAGGCGGUGGUGAAGCAGAAUACCACAGCAGAUCAGCUGAAACAGAGGAAGACUCUGGCUGCUGCUGAACGAGAGGAGAACCAGAGAAUGAUUGUGUGCAACCAGGUGAUGAAGUUCAUCCUCGACAAGAUCGAGAAGGAUGAGAAGCAGGCAGCUAAGAAACGAAAGAAGGAAGAAGUGGUGGAGCAGAAACGCUCCAAGCAGAAUGCCACAAAGCUGACUGCACUGCUGUAUAAGCACAAAGAGCAGCUGAAGGCGGAAAUCCUUAAGAAGAGAGCCCUGCUGGACAAGGAGCUGCAGCUGCAAGUACAGGAGGAGCUGAAGCGGGACAUCGCCAGGCUACAGAGAGAAAAGGAAAAAGCCCGAGCUGCUAUCACCCAGGCCGCUGCAGCUACCGUAAAGGCAGCCUCCUCCCACUCUUCCCAUGCCUCCCAUCUUUCUCACUCUACAAAUUCCUCUCACAGCCCCCACACAGUGACCUCAUCCUCCUCGUCCCAUAAACGCAAGAAGGAAGACGAGAGAGACAAAGACAGAAACCGAGAUAGGGACAGGCAUCACGACAAGGACAAGAAACGGGACAGAGACAAGGACAGAGACCGAUACAGAGAUAAGGACCGAGACCGGGAUCGAGACAAGGAGAGAGACCGAGAGCGGGACAGACAUCGAGACAGGGACCGAGACAAGGACCGAGAUAGGGACAGAGACAAAGAAAGAGAUUCCAGCUCUUCAAAACACAAGAAGAAGAAGAAGCUCUCUUCUACCUCAAAGGAUCACAAGAAGGACACCAAACUGUACUGUAUCUGCAAAACUCCCUACGACGAGUCAAAGUUCUAUAUCGGGUGUGACCUGUGUUCCAACUGGUUUCAUGGUGCAUGUGUUGGCAUCACAGAGAAGGAGGCCAAGAAGUUGGAGGACUUUGUGUGUAACGACUGUAAACGUGGUCAAGAGGGAGGAAGCACUGAGGAGCUGUACUGCAUUUGCCGGACGCCAUAUGACGAAUCGCAGUUUUACAUCGGCUGUGAUCGCUGUCAGAACUGGUACCACGGGCGCUGUGUGGGCAUCCUGCAGAGCGAAGCCAAUCACAUCGACGUGUACGUGUGUCCGCAGUGUCAGUCGACAGAAGACGCCAUGACGGUCCUCACGCCGCUCACUGACAAAGACUAUGAGGGGUUGAAAAGAAUAUUACGCUCGUUACAGUCUCACAAAAUGGCCUGGCCUUUCCUCGAACCAGUGGAUCCUCAUGACGCUCCUGAUUAUUAUCGUGUGAUAAAGGAGCCAAUGGACUUCUCCACGAUGGAAACUCGUUUGCAGAAGCGACAUUACCACAAGCUCACGGAGUUUGUGGCAGACGUGACCAAAAUAUUCGACAACUGCCGCUAUUACAACCCCAACGAUACGCCCUUCUUUCAGUGUGCCGAGGUGCUCGAAGCCUUCUUUGUACAGAAGCUUAAAGGUUUCAAAGCGAGCAGGUCUCAUAACAACAAGCUUCAGUCUUCUUCAGCCUCUUAGAAAGCGUCGCACAUUGCGCAAACAAAAUGCACUUGCCACAAAUAUGGCUUUUCUGAACUGUAACUCUGUGACGGACUCUGCCUCGCACCGUGUUUUGGGAUUUUGCACCUCUGACUUCCGCGUCCAGAAGCGACCGGCCGGCACUCGUCGAGGCAGAGCUGCCCUCUGCCCGUUUCAGGACCUUUUUUUGGACCCGUCUUCAUCAGAGGAGCGACAACAACUUGAGGCAUUUCAGAAGAAAGUUUACCUCGGAGAAAAGACUCUUACGGAGCUCUCAUAUUUCCAUGUACUUUAUUUUUGAUCUCAGCCUUUUUAUUUUUUUCUUACUUGGUUAAAAAAAAAAAAAGCAAAAGAGAAUCCCUCAGGCCAUCCUCGUUGGUCAUCAUGUCCGGUGAAAUAGGAAGCUGAACGCCGACACACAACGGCUGAGUUUUACUGAGCAUCAUGUAUCAAGAGUUUUGUGUCUAAAUUCAGAGAUCACAGUGGAACGAUGUUCUUCUCUCCAUUUCCAUUGUUUAGUCUGAAGCGGCAUGAGACACAGUUAAACUUCUGGAUAUCUGGACAUAUUCUACUGAAAGUACAGUAAUAAGCUAUUGGAAAUCAAUCGCUUUGUAGUAGUGAGUGGCUGGGAAGGUUAAAACCAUGUGUCGGAAGGUUCCUGCCCUGUUUGUAAAAAAAUUAGUCAGAUUUUGACUUGAUUUCUUUUCCGUUCUUUUGUAUUACAGCUGAAGAAAUAUUGAUGUAUAUGGAACUUAAUAAAAUUCAAAAGACUGA